AUGAAGUUUCAAAUGCCGUCAGGCGGAAGCCUCGGACGAACGAAGAACAUAUUACAUUUCAUACAAGGAUUCACUAUCUUCCUCGCAUGGGCCUUAACCAUCGCUAUCUGGACUAAAGGAGACGGCAUCGACGGACGCACAGGCUGGUACUGGGGUCUGUGCUGGCUGAGUAUUCCCGGCCUGGUUUACCUGGUGGCAGUGCCAAUGUGGCCACGAGCCCGACGCUUCGGUAACGUGUAUGCCUUCGCCUGUGUCGACAUCCUCUAUUCGAUUCUCUGGCUUAGUGCCUGGAUCUGUCUUGCUUCUUACGUCGCCCAAGGAAAGUCCAAGGGCUCGAGCAGCGACAGCAAGACAUCCAGCUCCGACUCCAAAACCACCACCAAGAGAGCCGAUGACACGACCACCAAGACCGGAUGCGAUAACUGGGCAUAUGGAAGCUCUGCUAAAUGCAAGCUGAGCGAGGCCACUACAAUCAUGGGUGUUUUCAUUUUCAUCCUCUUCGCCGUCACCGCCUGGAUGUCCUUCCGCAACGUUGUGCACUUCCGCCGCACCGGCACCCUCCCCGACGCUGUUUCCGACCCUACUUUCGCCGCGCAGAGCAAAGCUGCCUUCUCAUCGAACCCAGCCCACGACUUUGAGGAGGACGAUGAUGACAUGCGAUCCGGCCGAGGCGGCGGCAUGGGCGCCUCAUCCCGCAGCGACCGGGAUGAAGACUAUGCUCUCUUGCACCAGAGCGAGGUGGAUGACCUAGGCAGCACACACGGCCGGACCGCGAUGCAAGGCGCCUACGAUCCCACCGCUCCCGCGCCCGGAGGCGUCCUCCAUGAUUACAACACUGGCUACGGUGGUGCGCAUGGACAGCACUAUGCGGAGCCCUCUACUCAGUACAAUCCAUCGGAAUACACCCCGUCUGAGUACACUGCUCCCACUGGGUUUAACGGCUCGUCGGUGAAUUACGGUAGACGGCCGAGUUGA